AUGUCAGAUUCUGAGCUAGAAGAUGUUCCCGAGGUACACUAUGCAGACUCACCGGAGCCUGCGGACCAUGGCAAUGCACCCGAGGCUAGCGGGGAUCGUCGUGCUCGAGUCGAGGAGGUAGAAGAUGAGGGCGACAAACCGCCAUCUUCUUAUGGGCGGUAUGCCGAAGCAUAUCCUGAAGCAGGGCGCGCUGGUGCGGUAUAUCCUGAUAGGGCUCCUACGAAAUUCGAGGACAUCUUGGGAGACCAGAAGGCACGGGGCGCAGGUUUGUACGAUCCGUUUGCAGACGAGCAGGAGUGGGAGUUGGCGCGAUGGUUAGCAACACAUGUGGGCCAAACGGCCACGGAGGAGUUUCUUAAGCUUUCCAUCAUCCAGGAGCGAAUAGCCCCGACAUUCCAUAACAAUCGAGCGUUUCAACGACAGCUUGAUGGAUUGCCGACGAAGGCCGUGAACUGGGCCUGUCACACAGUCAAGAUCGCCGGGGAUAGAAAGGAUGAAGACGGGGAGUUUAUGAAGGAGGAGGUUGAGCUGUGGUCGCGAGAUCCUGUUGAAUGUGUCCGUGAGCUGAUGGGGGAUCCGACAUUCCGGGAUGUCAUGGCGUACGCACCGGAACGAGUAUAUCAAGAUGAGAGAGGGCACAUACGAAUUUUGGACGAGAUGUGGACAGCCGAUUGGUGGUGGAAGGUCCAGGAGCGAUUGCCCAAAGGGGCUACAAUAGCGCCGCUCAUUCUGUCCUCUGACAAGACAAAGCUCUCACAAUUCCGGGGGGAUAAGUCCGCAUGGCCGGUUUACCUGACAAUUGGAAAUAUCGACAAGGCGACGCGGCGACAGACGAAUGCCCAUGCCACAGUCCUGAUAGGAUACUUGCCCGUUGCCAAACUCGACUGUAUGUCUGAAAAAAUGCGAUCGUUGGCCGGUUAUCGACUCUUUCAUGAAUGUAUGGCUUGCCUCCUCGAGCCGCUGAUUGAGGCUGGACGCAACGGUGUUGACAUGACAUGCUCGGAUGGCUAUGUCCGGCGCGUUCACCCCAUCCUGGCUGCAUACGUCGCUGACCAUCCCGAGCAGUGCCUUGUGGCAUGCUGCAAGGAAAACUUCUGUCCGAAGUGCCGAGUGCCGCCAGACAAACGCGGUGAGAUGAACUUCGAUAUCCCAUCAAGAAACGCAGGAUGCACCAUUACAAUCCUCAAACAUCACUCUACGGGACGACGUGUGACAGCUUUCCAAGACGAAGGUCUGCGACCUGUCUAUGAACCCUUCUGGGCCGAACUCCCUCACUGCGACAUAUUCUCCUGCUUCACCCCAGAUCUGUUGCACCAGCUCCAUAAGGGGGUCUUCAAAGAUCACCUCGUCCAGUGGUGCGUCCGCAUCCUUGAUGAAGAGGAAGUCGAUUCGCGGUACAAGGCCAUGGCACGGCAUCACUCAGUGCGGCACUUCAAAAAUGGGAUAUCAUUUGUUUCGCAGUGGACUGGGACCGAACAUAAGGAAAUGGAGAAGGUUUUCGUACCAAUGCUAAGUGGCGCUAUUCAACCUCGAGCGCUACAGGCGGCACGUGCGGUUGUUGACUUCAUUUACUUCGCAUCAUUCCAUCAGCAUACUUCGGAAAGCCUGGGACGCAUGGAACAAGCACUGGCGGACUUUCAUGAGUACAAGGACAUCUUUAUAACCCUAGGACGGCGAGACCACUUCAACAUACCAAAGCUACACUCGAUGCUACACUACCUGGCGGCCAUUCGACUUCUUGGUUCUUGCGAUGGCUACAAUACGGAAUCGCCGGAGCGGCUACACAUCGACUACGCGAAGGAUGCUUAUCGCGCAAGCAACAAGCGUGACUACACGGAGCAGAUGGCGCGCUGGCUUUCGCGGCAAGAGGCAGUCACGGAGUUCGACAAGUAUAUCAGGUGGGCGAUAGCCGGCCCUCUCGUGGCUCAGGAUUCAAGUGAUGAGGACACGAACUCGGAUGUCGACGCCAGUCAUGUCGCGCGCGCUCCAGCUGCACCACGACUGGCGGUUGCGACGUACCUUGAUCACCAGCUAUCCCUUCCUCGACACCCCAGCGUCCCAUCGGUAACUGUCGACUGUAUUCAGCGAGACUACAAGGCCGAGUUCUUCCUGGAUGCGCUGAGUGUCUACCUGAACAAGAUGCGUCCUGCCGACGCUCGACACCUGUUAUCUCCUAACGGUGUUGAUCGCUUUGACGUGUACAAACAAGUUACAAUUGUGCGGCCCAGGGUCCCGGUGAUUACGAAUGCACUUAAGCUUCGGGACAAGGUGCGCGCUGUUCCUGCAAAGCGCGCGAAACGAGGGACAGCCCUCAUCCCCGGACAUUUCGACAUGGCUCUAGUUCGGGUGGAGGGUGUGUCGUCAUUGAACCCUCAUACAGCUGGAACCUUCCUGGAAGGUCUCCAAGCGGCUCAGGUGCGGCUCUUGUUCCAGCUGCCGGAAUACCUCAGGUAUCAUCCUCGGCAGCCAGUGGACUUAGCAUAUGUUGAAUGGAUGACACCGUUCAGCGCGCAAGAUCCACUAACAUACACACAUUCCGUAUCCCGCUCAACACGCCGUGGUGGGCAGCGUAAUGCGGAGAUCAUUCCGAUUAGCCGGAUCGUACGUAGUUGUCACUUGAUCCCUAAGUUCGGGACGGAGUGCAAUCGUGCAUGGACUGCUGACAUUGCUGUGGAGAACUGUAAGUCAUUUAUCUUGAACCGGUGGCUGGAUGUUGCAACCUUUUAUGAGUUCCAGCCACGCGAUUUCUAUGCACUACGUCUGUAA